AUGGCUGACGAUACCACUACGACGGAGGACUCCUCCAUCACCUUCCACGUCAAGGCAUCCAACGAUGCCAAAUUCACCCUCACUUUGCCGACAUCGACGACUGUCGCUGAGCUCAAGAACAAGCUGUCGAGCUCAGAAUAUGCAGACACACCCGCCGACCGCCAGCGGCUGAUCUACUCUGGACGCGUGCUCAAGGACAAUGAGACCCUCGCGACGUAUAAGAUCAAGGAAGGGAACACCAUCCAUCUGGUAAAGAGUGCAGCGAGCAACCAGCGACAAGCGCCCGCUGCUCAACCCUCGACGGCAACCUCCGGUGCCAAUGCCAAUCAGUCCAUUCCCGGCGUCCCGACCAACAUUGCCGCUGGCACGGGCAACAAUCCACUGGCCGGGUUGACGGGUGCGAGAUACGCAGGAUUUGCUCAGCUUCCAGGCGCAGGCAUGUUUGGACCCGACGGUGGUAUGGGCCCCCCUCCUGAUCCGGAGGCGAUGCUCAGCAUGCUGGAGAACCCCCAAGUCCAGGCGACCAUGAACGAGGCCUUGCAGAAUCCCGCCAUUAUUGACAUGAUGAUCCAGCAGAACCCCAUGUUUCGCGAAAUGGGUCCAGCUGUCCGACAGAUGAUGCAGAGCCCCGAGUUCCGCCGAAUGCUCACUGAUCCCAACACCAUUCGCCAGAUGGCACAACUUCAACGAGCCAUGGGUGGCUUGGGUGCAUUUGGGUUCGGGGCGGUGGCUGGUAAUACCGCUUUCCCAGCUCCAGGUGUCACAAACACGACUCCAGAAGAAAACAGGAACCAGCAGCAGCAGCAGCAAACCAACCAGACCAACCAGACCAAUCAGACGCCGCCUGUCAACCCCUUCUUAGCUGCCGGUCUGGCUGGCAACCCAUUCGCGAACCUCUUUGGAGCCAAUCCCGCUGGCGGCGCUGCGAACGCUCGUUCAACGACUCCUGCCGGCGGAGAGCAGAAUGCAAAUGCUACCGGCCAAGGAACGACAGGCGGGGCUACCCAAAAUCAACAGAAUCCUUUUGCGCUUCUCUUCAACCCUGCCCUUUUUGGUGUCCCACAGACGCAACCUGGCACAUCGGACGGGAACGCCGGGUCUCAGCAGCAACAGCAGGAGGGUGCCCAAGCCGCAUUCAAUCCCUUCAAUCCACAGACCAACCCGUUCCUUCGAGAUCCCCAGCUUUUGUCAAACUUUGUCCAGGCUUUGGGGGGCCAGGAGGCAGCAAACAACCCUUUUGCAGGAUUGUUCGGUUCUCCGCCUCAGCAAGAUAACCGACCACCGGAGGAGCGGUAUGCGGAACAGCUGCGACAACUUAAUGAUAUGGGUUUCUAUGAAUUCGAGAAGAAUAUUGAAGCUCUGCGGAGGACAGGAGGUAGUGUGCAAGGGGCAGUGGAAUAUCUGCUGAACCAUCCAUCGUGA